AUGGCAGGCGAUGAUCUGGUUGAGGGUACUCCACAUGGUGUCGCUGCAGCAAUACACACGUAAACUCACUUACGACUCACUCAGGUAUCUCUCGAUUAAGUAUCACCCCUAACCAUGACGGCGGCGACCACGACCUCUCCAACGAAGCAAAUGCUGAAGCUCGACUUCAGCAAGAAGCACGAAUGCAGCAGAACAACUCCCAUGCGCCUCCCUUGACGCGGGGCACUCGAGACGUGACUGCAGAUUUUGUCGCCGCCGCGAAGAAGCUACCGCCGGGAGAUCUUGUCAAAGAUGAAAAUUUUACGCUUUUUGAAGCCGUUGGCGCACUCGAGGUAUGAUUUGGCUGUCACUCUCCCCGCAGCAUUCGUCUCUCUGGCAUCAUUCCUCAAAAUGACGAAACGAGCGGGCGAAAAGCGCGUUGGCCGUCAGCAGCCUGACACCUUGCGGGCCUCAAGGAUGGAUGAUCGGCAGGACUCGAGAGUCAGUGACUCUAGCUUACGCACUCAUUUCGACGCCAGCUCUUGACGUAGAAUAGAAGCUGACCUUGCUUCCCCAGAUCAUGGAUCCCAAGAUGGACAGCGGCUACGUUCCCCCAGAAGACUCAUUCGAGCCAGACUUUGAUGUCACUGGAGGUCUCUUGCCCGAGGAGGUCCUAUGGAUCAUGGACGAGAUUCUCCGCCUGGAAAUGAGCUUUCACGACGGCUACCCGCUUUCCCAGAACAUCUUCACCUCACUGCAUAUCUUCCGGCUUAUUGAUCCCAACAACAAGAGACCCUACUACUUACGUCUUCCAGAUGACACGUCUCGAAACAAGCUUUUCGGGCAGCAAAUGGUCCAUGACGUGCUUCGCAAAUACUGCAUUGCCGUGGUCAAGUGUGUUGAGUGUGCCCUGGACACAAUCACAAGGCAAACGUACUAUGAAGAGGAAGAUUUUGUCACGCAUCAAUUUGGUCGAGAGCUUCUGCCUGAUCUCGAUGUUGAGGAGGCUCGGAAAUUAUUGGUUGAGGCUAUGGACUUCAUCGAUAACUAUCAGCCUGCGAGCUCUAACGACAACUAUCAAGUCUUCCGAGCUCUCAAACAUCGCUUGGUGGCGAGAGAACAUAUCCUUUUCUCCAUGAGUGGUCGGCAUAACCAGUGGCAAGAUCUACGAGACAAAGUUGCGGAGAUGAAAGAGGAAUGCCGUCUGGUUAAGCCUCUCCCGGAUGCUUUCUCGAGCAAGGUUACCAGGCAAUUGGCCACCAGGUAAACACUUUCACAUUGGGCCUGUGGCAUGGAGCGCGAGUUAAUGAACGUCUAGCACACCGCCAAGGCCUAUGCCUGAGCUCUCUUGGGACCAGGCUUUAAGGCAAUGGACACAAUUGUGCAAUGACGUCUUGGCGGCCGAUGACUUCCGUAGAUUCAGAAAGGAACGUCGCCCGCAUGCCCUUCAGCAAGCCGUAUGGGAUUAUGCAUACCGGUCUCCACUCCCAAAAACGUACGCGCGGGCAAAGGUCCAAGACGUUCUCAUGGGAACAGACUCCGGAUCUAAUGGUGUCAUCAAUGUCGAUUUCAUUUACCGCGACAUUCUCGAGUUGGUAUUGGUGUGUGGAAUUGACGUUUUAUCUGUAUAAUCAGCGCUGACUAUGUACAGGCAGGGGAUCCACUGACCGGCGAGGAGGCUCAGGCUGUCGAAGUCCCAAUGGAUCCUCGACACAGAGCUGUUCGCGUGCUCAGCGAUUUUGCCCAUGCGGCAAUGCACGCUUACAAAGAACUAUACCGCAGCCUCAACCAGAAUCGAUGUCGCAUGCGGAGAUCAUUGAUACACGUACGUCUAGUGCUAGAUGCCUCGACUCCGAAGUAGACAUGUGCUUACAGUUCAGGUCGUUCUAUUGUUCCAAGAAUUGGAAACGAAGGCGAAUGACUGCGACGUCUCACUAUGUGAGUGCCAGUACAUCAACGCAUACGCGGCCGACCCCUUGUCCGAGGUAGCAAGAAUGGAUACAUGGCCUUUGACGGAGUGGACAAUACUGCACAAGGAGACAAUCAUAGAAUGGGUAGGCUUCUUUUCGGCGAAACGGGCAUUUACAGGCGGAAAUACUGAACCAGAGCUAAUCGUGCCAAAAGGUGCUUCAACUCGGCUUCGAGACUGAAAUUUACUCUCCACCGGAGAUGAGGCUGAUACAUGCUACAAUCGCGCGGUUUGCCGACGAUCGAGCUGAGCGCUUGGGCGGCGUGUGCAGGUCGAAUGCCAACAAGAUACUGCGUAUGUGAGAUCGGAGCCUACCUCCCAGCACUGUCAGCCCUUUGCGACAAUACGACUGACUUACGAGUAGCCGACCGUCCGCAAAGUAUGGCGGACACGGGGGACAUCAGGAUGUCCACCAUCUGGAUCAGGAGUCUUAUUCACAAGGUAUGUCUACCCUUCGUGAGCAUUGCAGCUCUUGCCGCUUCUCGAGUCAUUACUGACCAUAGACCUUUCAAGGCAAAUUUCACGGUCAAAUUGAGCCAAGCUCUGGGCGCAAUGUACGGAGUGCUUGAAUUUCUGCAUCUCGUUGACAUCGCGCCGAGACGGUUCGAAGACCCGCAAUGCCGAUACGAAGCUCGAAUGAAACUAUUACUCGGACAGCUGGCUAUUCUCGUGACUGGCGGAGAAUACUACAAAGCCAUUGAACAGCCCUGGUACGUCGAUAUGCCAGUCCAGAAGGUCGUGGAAAUCACCACGCAAGCUAUCAUGGCCGUCAAGAAAGAGGACCUUGGGAUUUUGAAAAGCAUGCCACCGGACCACUGCCAGUAUCUCGGUACGGAAUCGCAAUGGCAAGCGGAGAUCGAGAUAGUGGAGAAGGUCUGUGUGGGUUUCAAUGUUGCCAUGAUGCGAAUAGGGCAAUUGUGUCGGGAACAUGGCAUCCAGACAUUAAGGUGCGCGCUUUUCGCUCUUUGAUUCCAGUAGAGAUGCUUGCUGACUAGCCCUUGAACAGUGCCGAGGAACGACCAGACCUACGUUCGAUGUAUGAGGUGGUGAUAUCUCCGCCAGGGCAGCGAUUCCACGACUGGUGGCCUAUCCCGCAGAUCAAGAAGAAGGAGAAGCCAGGGGCUGCAGCAAGUGGGAGGUAG